AUCCCUGGGCUGCGCUUCCCCUGCACUUCCUCCUCACACACACCGAGAGAGCAGCUCCGGCUCGGACACAGCCCGGCUCGGCGCGCGCCCCGGCAGCAGCGGCUGCUUGGCUGGGCUCGUGGCGCGGGCGAGCGGGGCAGGCGGGCGGGCUUCCUUCGGGUGGAAGGGACUGAACGGAGCGGCGCGGAUUUGGAGCGGAGCGCGACGGCGCGGGGGGCUCGGAGAGCCCGGCUGCUGGCGGAUUUGCUGCGGAGAGCAGCGGGCAGGCGGCGGGAGGCGAAGAUGCCCGGCGAGGAGCGGCGAGCGAGGAGGAAGCCCCGGGCGCCGCGAACUCUGCCACCGUUCAGGAUGCAGCAGCUGAUCUCCUGCCUGGGCUUGUGGCUCUUCUUCCAGCUCCCCUGCCUGAGCUCCGGGACACGUGUCGUCUACAAGGUACAGGAGGAGCAGCCACCCAACACACUGAUCGGCAGCCUGGCAGCAGACUAUGGCUUCCCAGAUGUGGGGCACUUGUAUAAGCUGGAGGUAGGUGCCCCCUUCCUGCGUGUGGAUGGUAAGACUGGUGACAUCUACACUACAGAGACCUCCAUUGACCGAGAGAGCCUGCGAGAAUGCCAGCAGCUGUUUCCAGGGGACCCGUGCUUCCUGGAGUUUGAGGUUUCCAUCACGGACCUGAUGAACAAUAGCCCACGCCUGCUGGAAGGGCAGAUUGAGGUGCUGGACAUCAAUGACAAUACGCCCAACUUUGCCUCUCCCGUUAUCACAUUAGCCAUUCCUGAAAACACCAAUAUUGGGACACUCUUCCCCAUCCCGCUGGCCAUGGACCGUGAUGCUGGCGCCAACGGUGUGGCUUCCUAUGAGCUCAUGCCUGGUUCAGAUGCCCAGAAGCUUUUUGGCUUGCAGGUAGCAGAGGACCAAGAGGAGAAACAGCCACAGCUGAUCGUCAUGGGAAGCCUGGACCGGGAGCAAUCGGAGUCCUAUGACCUGACUAUCAAAGUACAGGACGGGGGCAACCCACCACGUGCUAGCAGUGCCUUGCUGCGCAUCACCAUCCUGGACAUGAAUGACAAUGCGCCCAAGUUUGAGAAGCCCCUCUACGAGGCUGAACUCUCGGAGAACAGCCCCAUUGGUCACUCCGUGCUGCAGGUGAAGGCCAAUGAUUCUGACCAGGGUGCCAAUGCUGAGAUUGACUACUCCUUCCACCAAGCUUCCGAUGUGGUUCGCCGGUUGCUGCGCCUGGACAGAGCCACUGGACUUAUCACUGUUCAGGGUCCCGUUGACCGUGAAGACAUCAAUGUGCUCAAGUUCUCCGUGUUGGCCAAGGACAAAGGGGCCAACCCGAAAACUGCCCGUGCCCAGGUGGUGAUUAGUGUCAGGGAUAUGAAUGACAACGCUCCAUCCAUUGAAAUCCGUGGUAUUGGCUUGGUCACCCACCAAGAUGGCAUGGCUAAUAUCUCAGAAGAUGUGCCGGUUGAGACACCUGUGGCUCUGGUACAGGUGUCUGAUCGGGAUGAAGGUGAGAAUGCUGUUGUGACCUGUGUGGUGGCUGGUGAUGUACCUUUCCAGUUGCGACAAGCCAGUGACACCGGAAGUGACAGCAAAAAGAAGUAUUUUCUCCAGACCACAACGCCACUAGACUAUGAGGCCGUGAAAGAAUACACCAUUGAGAUUGUGGCUGUGGAUUCUGGCAAUCCACCUCUGUCCAGCACCAACUCUCUCAAGGUGCAGGUGGUGGAUGUUAAUGACAACGACCCAGUUUUCAGCCAGAGCUCAACAGAGGUAUCUUUCCCAGAAAAUAAUUCCCCAGAUGACUUGGUGGUAGAAGUGAGUGCUACUGAUGCAGAUAGCGGGUCUAACGCUAAGCUGGUGUACUCCCUAGUGACAGAGCCUUCAUCCAAAGGCAUAUUCUCCAUUGAUCCAGAGUCUGGUGAAAUCCGGGUUAAGACUGUCCUGGACCGUGAGCAGCGAGAACGCUAUGAAUUCUUGGUAGUCGCAGCGGACAAGGGCAGCCCCAGCCGGAAGGGGACGGCCUCUGUUGCCAUCAACGUCAUGGACCGCAACGACAAUGACCCAAAGUUCAUGCUAAGUGGCUACAACUUCUCCGUCAUGGAAAACAUGCCCCCUCUGAGUCCCGUGGGGAUGGUGACAGUAAUCGAUGCAGACAAAGGCGAGAAUGCCUUCAUUCAGCUCUCAGUAGAGCAGGACAACGGGGACUUUGUUAUCCAGAAUGGUACUGGCACCAUCCUCUCCAGCAUUUCCUUUGACCGUGAGCGGCAGAGCACUUACACCUUCCGACUGAAAGCUGUGGAUUCAGGUGACCCACCCAGGUCUGCCUAUGUUGGGGUGACCAUCAAUGUGCUUGACGAGAACGACAACGCUCCUGUCAUCAUUUCUCCAUCCAAUGCUUCCUACAAGCAUAUCCAGCCGCACACCAGUCCUGGGCAGCAGGUCAUGAGUGUGGGAGCCGAAGACAUUGACUCUGGGAUCAACGCUGAGCUGCAGUACAGCAUCAUGGGUGGAAACCCCUUUGAGCUCUUCAAGAUUUCGCCCCAGAGCGGAAACAUCACAUUGGAAAAGGAGAUCCUCCGCAAGCACCACGGGCUUCACCGCCUGGUGGUGCGCGUCAAUGACAAGGGCAAGCCGUCUCGCCACGGCACCGCUCUGGUCCAUUUCUACGUCAACGAGACCCUGACUAACCGCACGCUGCUGGAGACUCUGGUGGGACACAGCUUGGACACGCCGAUCGACAUUGACAUCGCUGGCGACCCCGAGUACGAGCGCAGCAAGCAGCGCAGCAACAUCCUCUUCGGGGUCAUUGCGGGCAUAGUGGCCGUCACUCUGGUCAUUGUGCUGGUUGUGCUGGUGCGCUACUGCCGCCAGAAGGAGGCCAAGAGCGGCUACCAGGCGGGCAAGAAGGAAACAAAGGACCUGUACGCUCCCAAGCAAGGCAGCAAAGGCAACAAAGCCAAGAGCAAGGUCAAAAAGAACAAGUCCCCCAAGCCGCCCAAACCAGCCGAGGAUGAGGAAGAAACGGGCCUGCAGAAAUCCCUCAAGUUCAACCUGAUGAAUGACUCGGUCAGCGACAGCCCCCGCAUCCACCUGCCCCUUAACUACCCCCCUGGCAGCCCUGACUUGGGCCGCCACUACCGCUCCAACUCCCCCCUGCCUUCCAUCCAGCUCCAGCCCCAGUCGCCAUCUGCCUCCAAGAAGCACCAGGUCGUGCAGGACCUGCCGGCCACCAAUACAUUUGUGGGCACAGGGGACAGCAACUCCACAGGCUCGGAGCAGUAUUCAGACUACAGCUACCGCACCAACCCUCAGAAAUACACCAACAAGCAGUUACCUCAUCGCCGAGUGACAUUCUCUGCAGCCAAUCAGGCGCAAGAUCUGCAGGACCCCUCCCAACACAGUUACUAUGACAGUGGCCUUGAGGAGUCAGAAACACCAAGCAGCAAGUCGUCAUCGGGGCCCCGCAUUGGACCACUGGCUUUGCCGGAGGAUCACUAUGAGCGCACCACACCAGACGGCAGCAUUGGGGAAAUUGAGCACCCUGAGAAUGAUCUCCGGCCUCUGCCUGACGUAGCCAUGACAGGGAACUGCACCCGGGAAUGCACAGAGUUUGGUCACUCUGACACCUGCUGGAUGCCAGGUCAGUCCUCUCCAAGCCGGAGGCCCAAGAACGCCCUCAAACUCUCCACAUUUGUGCCUUAUCAAGACAGAGGGAGUCAAGAACAAGUUGGGAAUGGCAGCCCCAGACUCUCAGAAGAGCGCAACACCAAAAUGGCUAACCUCCAUCUGCUCCCCACGUACAGUGCCUUCUCCAACAGUAGCCAUGAGCCCUGCAAGGACUCCCCCAUGGAGGAAAUCCCUCUGACCCAGACCUCGGACUUCCAGGCAGCCACCACACCAUCGUCCCAAACUGCCAAGCGGGAGAUCUACCUGUGAGAUGAAGAGGACCGUGGAAGGUGCCUGCGCAACACCUCAGACCAGUGUCUGGAUUUCAAAGAAGAAUAAAAAGAAGGGACUUUUCAAACUGUGAUGCUUUAUCGCUCGCAUUGGUGGUUCUGUGCCUGCCAGGUGAGAAUGCCUUGCCCAGGCCCUGGGCACAGGAACACUUUUUUAUGAACUCAUUGCUCCCAGGGCAAGAGAACCGAUGUCAACAUGAAUUACCAAGCUCUCAGUAGAGUGGUCCCUAGAUGCCUGGAAAGAGGGAGAGAGGAACGUAGCGAAGAGGGCUUGGCCUCAUGGCUUCAGGGCUGGGGGUGGGGGGAAGGGCUGAGUUACCAAAGGUCCACGUAGACUUGGUGGAGUCCAUUGGGCACAGGGCCAAGGGCACCUGGCGCAGGUCCAGGGGGAAAAGCUGCCUCUCUUGUUACUGUAGACUCCUGUAAAUAUGAAUCUUAGGAAUGACAUUUGCGUCCUGCCUGAUCAGAAGUUUUAUUGUCCUUGAAACAAAAAGACUUUGAAACAAAACAAAAACCACAGGGAGCAAUUUCCAGCUUGAAUCUUUCACCACACAGAAGAGCACAUGGGAGCAAGUGCUUCCAAGCAGCCCACCCUCGCCUUCCACAGUGUAAAAAGGAUGGGGCACUGGCUGGUGAGGGGAGAGCUCUGGCCGGUCACCAGGACUGGGCGGAAGGGCAUUGCAGAGCUUUUAACCCCAAUCUCUUUCCAGACUUCAGCAACUCUUCUCGUCACAUGUGAGGAGGAGGAGGAGGAGCCUUAGAGCUGCUGGUUGUGGCUUUCACCUGGUCCUCCUUUGCCCCUGCCCCCUGGACAGUGGAGCUAAGGCCAGCUGGAAAGGUGGAAGAGACGUCCAACCCCCUAACUUCCCAGUAUCUCUUCUGCCUCACGCGAGGCAGGGAACUCCCAUGGGGUCACUGGGCCCCAGUGCCAUGAUCCCGGCCUUUGAAAAGUCUGCCUGUAAGCCACCAUUGCCUUUGUGAAUGGAGCUUUGACUCAGGGUCACAUUGGGGGCCACGAGGCCUCUGUAUGCUGGAGUCACCCCCCUCCCUCCCUCUGCCUUGAGACCAGAGAGCCAGCCUCAAGGGCUCCCGUGUUCUCUUUGGGUGCCACAGGUUUAGCCACAUAGGAACUCUCUGGUGGUAUCGUGGUUCCAGCAGGGCCCUGUAACAAAUCAUGGAACUACCCUUGGAAGCAUUGAUCAGUGGGUUGUCCCCUUGGAUGGGUGAAAAGACCAGCCCCAAUUGGGCGAGGGGCACUCUUCCACCUCCAGCCACCCAUGGGCUGCUCAAGUAACUUGGUUCUUCAGUUGCUCCUAGGUGUCCUGACUUAAUUGGACCUGGCUCCAUAUAGCCAAGAGCUCGUGGCCAUCCCUGCCCAUCAACCUGUCCACCCUGCGAGCGGUGGGGCUUCACUCCAAUCUGCAUGGCAAUGGAGGAUACAACUGUUUGCCCCGCACAACAUUCAUUGGUACAAACUCCAGUGUGGGACCUCUGUUCACCUGACCACUGAUACUUGUUGGGCCCGGCUCUGCCCUCUUGGUCCCUGCAUUGGACUUGGUUCUUCUGGUGCCCAUAGACCCUGCCCCCUCCCCACAUUUUGCCAUGGGUCAUGGAUGUGUUCUUCUUAGCUGGGCUGCAGGAGGCAGACUGGUCGUCACCCUUUGCUGUGUCUCUGUUCAACUUUCUCUGUUGCAUGGAUCUGGGGAGAAGGGGGGGAAGCACCUCGUGGUAUCUGCAGGGAUACUUCUCCGUAGCUUUUGUGGUACAGUUGUGUGUGUGCGUGUGUGUCCGGGCUGACAGUCUGGAAGCAGGUAGGUGGGGAGGGGCAGUCUCCAAGUUCCUCGGACUGAACAGCCAGGCCAGAGCCAGAAGCUUUAAUAGGACCCUCUUGUCCCAUUGUGUCAUCUGGCUCCCGCCAAGUAGAACUAUCAUCUUCUGACCAUCGGCAUUGGUGACACCAAAGUGCAGAACAGAGCAAACAAGCAGCUUCCUUCAACGGCUGCCACCAACCAGAGAAUUAGGUGUCUGGAGUACUAGAGUCCUCCAUUUGCGAUCCCUGGUGACUUGCAGUCUGCACGAGAGCAAAGGACUUCCCUGUUCUGUUGCCUACACUCUCUGAGACUCAGGGCUGGUCCAGAAGCAACUCACAGAUGGUAGGGGGCGCCUUGCACUACCUAUUUAUUCUGGUACCAAGAGGCUGGGUGGCCAGUGGUGAGCUUUGACCUCGAAGGAGCUGGAAAUGGCUGUUCUUUCCAUACCCACUCAAACACAAGCUUAUAUCUGCUCUGCCCAGGGAUCAAAGGGAUUUCAGCCACCCAUCCUGAACCAUACAUUGUCCUUUCCAGACACUUUAAAGUGCCACUCUAAGGUGGAGAGGGGGCGGGACCCUCUUGCUCUUCCAUAUUAUUACUUCCCUGCUGUGGAAGGCAUAGAUGGGAGCCAGGCUCACUCACCAGAGAAUACCUGUGGUUCCCAGGUAAGGUUACCUUAUUUCAUUUUUAAUAAUAAUAAUAAAAAUGCCUAUGAAAUGGGACAUUCAAACAGGCCUGUCCAUAAGUUGGGCCUGCUGAAAGAAAGCAAAAAGAACACAACGGAAAAGCCCAGGCCUUUCGCUUGACAACGGGCAUUUUAAGGCUGCCCUCAGCCGAACGCUGCUCCCAUCCUUGGGUACAUUUGCCACAGGGCUCCGUGGAGCAAAAUGAGCAUGUACCAAGCAGGCUAGGGUUGCUUGUCCCCUUCUUAGUUAGGCAAAGGCCGAUACGUGAAUGUGAAUGACAGGCUGGAUCAAUCCACACUGGUGUAUCUGAUGGUAUCUGACAUGGUGUGUGCGCGCGUGUGAGUGUGAGUGUGUGUGUGUAAAGUCUUCCACCUCUUCCCUCUUGGUUUGCCCCUGGAAAAUUGGAUAAAAGAAGGCGGAGGGAGGAAAGAGGGCUUGGUCUCUGGUCCCAUGAAGGAAAACCAUGAGGAAAACCACGUUCAAGACAUAGCUGCCUCCCGCGUGCGGCAGAAGAGGUGAGGAUGUUUUGGGGGGACAGCGGUAGUGCCAUUGGGCUGAAAGGCCACGGAAUAGGGAGGUGUCACAGGGUGGUGCAGGCGAUCUCCAAGAGCCCAGGUGCCACCAGGAGAAGCUCAUUUUGCACAAGUCAAAGCCAGAAGGAGAGAGCCUAUGUGCGCAGAGAUGGGGUGGGGAAGGAGGAGGAGCUCAAGGGUCCUGGGCUAGACAAGCACAUUGAAGGGCGAGGGGGGAGGGAAGGACACUUUUGAGCACUGCACUAGGACAAGCCAGGGGUAAAACCAAAGGUGGGAGGCCAGGCACAGGCCAGCUGUGUAAGAUGGAGCCAAGUGACCCCUUUGUAGCUCUUCGUGUUGGUUCUAUUUAUAUGAGAUUUCAGUUCCUUGCUUGUGAUGCCUUGUUUUUUGUACAGUUUUAUGUACAUGCAGGUGUAGCUUUUUCUAAAAGGAGGAAUCCUACGGCAGAAUAAAGAGUACCCAACUAUUUUUCAGAUGGUGACCUAUGUUUAGGCGCUGCCUCUCUUGCUAAGGUUGUAUUGCUCUCAAUGUGAUGCAUUCCCCUUGCACUGGGAUGGCUUUGGGCCCGGGGCUUCGUUCUCCCCAGGCGCCAGGAGCACAAUUGAUUCCCUUGUAAUCCUUUUUGUUUGGAACAGUGAGCAUGACACCUCGUGAGCCCUUUUCUGUUCUCUUCCAUUCUGUUUGUUUGCUGAGCUGUCAGAUGACAAACUCCACUGUAAUUAGCCCUCCCAAAGCUUUACAAUAAAAAUGUGAAAACCUUC